CUAAAUAGACGGGUUGAGGAUGGUGAGCAGUCAGAAGAGAAGCGAGGCCGUGAUUGUUAGGAGACGAACCAGCGACCGCUUGUCUUUCUUAUUUUUUUCUUCCCCUUUUCUGGAAAGCAGACGCGUCGGUUCAGACUCGAAUGACGGCGACUCCUCGGGAUUCAAGUAGAAUCGACAGCCGCUUCGUAGCCGGUGAAGAAAGUAAACUCACCGCGUAGCUCGCGACGAGAAUAACGUAACGUUACGUAUUCAUUUUUAUUUUCGUUUUGAACCACGUCACUUUUUUUGUUAAAUGCAACGCUGUCUGAUAAAUGAGAAAACUAUGGCAGCGGAGACCAGGAACGGCGGGAGUUCAGUGAACAAUAAAGACCACAGCAGGAGAAAGUUACUGGUCGGAGUGGACCUCUUCUGCUUGUUUUUAGCCGGCCUGCCUUUCUUGGUCAUUGAGACCAGCGCUGUUCAGCCUUACCGUAGAGGGUUUUACUGCGAUGAUGAGUCCAUCAUGUAUCCGGCCAAACAUGGAGACACCAUUAGCGAUGGUGUGCUUAGCGCUGCUGGCAUUCUAAUCACCAUCCUCUCUAUUGUCAUCGGGGAGAGCUACAGGAUCUACUUUCUGAACGAGGGAUCCAAGUCCUUCGUAGGGAACCCCUACGUGUCCGCGCUCUACAAGCAAGUGGGCGUGUUCAUCUUCGGCUGCGCGGUCAGCCAGUCCUUCACCGACAUCGCCAAGGUGUCGGUGGGCCGCAUGCGCCCCCACUUCCUCGACGUGUGCAAGCCGGACUUCUCCACCAUCAACUGCUCCAUGGGCUACAUCACCGACUACCAGUGCCAGGGCCCUGAUAGCAAAGUUCAGGAGGCCAGGAAGUCUUUCUUCUCCGGACAUGCGUCCUUCUCCAUGUACACCAUGCUUUACCUGGUGUUUUACCUGCAGUCUCGUUUCACGUGGCAUGGAGCUCGCCUGCUGCGCCCUCUGACCCAGUUCACCCUGGUCAUGAUGUCCUUCUACACGGGCCUGUCCCGCGUCUCCGAUCACAAGCACCACCCCACGGAUGUCCUGGCGGGUUUUGUGCAGGGAGCCCUGGUGGCCUACUGCAUAGUAUUCUUCGUGUCUGAUUUGUUCAAGAACAAAGGCCGACGUUCUGCCCUUUUGCCGACCCCAGUGAAGAAAGAUCUUGUUCCUCCGGCAGACAUCAGAGAGCGGAGCAACCAUCUCAUCAUGGCAUAGAGAAGGCUGCAAACUGUCAUAAUCCUGAGCCAUUUAAAUCACUGCUACAGCCGCUGGUCAAUACUGGAUUGAAUAAACUUCUGACAAUCCGGAUCAGGCAGACACAAUAUGGAAUCUUGAACAUGUCCGUGCAUGAGAGGAGGCCACCGAAAACCGCCAGUCAACAUAGUUUUUCUUUCGCAAUGGAGAUUUUAGAUCUUUUCCCUCAGUCCUACCAUUACAUUUUAUUGUGGAAAAGAGAGGAACAAGUGUGUUUGUGGCUCUUCUUUUAUGAAGAUCAUCGGAGACUCUCCUCCUUUGAGGCCUCUCCAUGGACAAUCGCCGGAAAUGAAUCAAAGCUGAGAAAUGGCAGCUGUCUCCUGUGCCUUCUCCCAUCGCCUGCAUCCAGCAGGGUAGCGACACUUGUAUUCCUGCCACUCACUCACUGAGUGACUCCUAUAAACAAAAACAAAUUCCUUGAUUUAAUCAAGGAUGUAUUUUCUUUUCUUGUUUUUUUUUCUCCCUCAAACAUAAGCCUUGUACGUGUGAUUUUUGGCACCGUUUUAGCUAAACCCAGUACUGUUUGUCACCACUUGAAUGACCUGAAGUGAAGCUUUUGGAAAGCUUUGUAAGAUUUUGUAAACUUUUAUUGUCUGAAAUGUAGUUCUUUUUUUAGAAAGUGCACAUAGGUUACAGUAGGUGUGAAGUACAGUGAGCACGUGUUGCAUGUGGGCGUCUUUCUGCUGGCUAGGACGAGCCCCCACUGAGCCAUUUAAUGAAAUGACUGUCUGUUAUAUGUACCAGACCUGUGUGUGUGGGUGUGUGUGUGUGUGUGUGUGGGUGGGUGCUUGAGGUCCUCCUUUUGAGCCUGCCAGUGUGUUUUGAUCUCAUGUCAAUAUGAUUUAGUGUUUUAUAGCCUACAAAUGUGCCUCUUUUGAGUCAGAACUGGCACCUGCUCACACAGAAACGUGUAACUCUAAGACGGAAACACUGUGGGGGAAAAAGCAUCCCGUGUGGUAUGUGUAACUUUACUGUUAUUAAUCAUGGUGAUGACUCACAUCAUAGAGGAAUCUUUGAGUAUGCUGUGUGCCACACAGUACAGACGUAUAGUAAAAUAAGGACUUCCUCAAGCAGUAUGAAAGCACAUUUUAGCAAAACGGUAAUAUUGAAAUAUUUUUUUUAGACUUAACUAGGACAGAAGUGCUGGCAAUGAGGAUCUGCAUUAAAAUAGACGAAAAUUAUUACAUUGAAUUUUUUUUAGUAAUAAUGGGUAUAAUAGCAUGACAUUAAUGUAAUUAACUUUGUUUGCAAAAAAAGAAAAAAUCCUUUUAAAACCACUGACUGAAAGCUUCCUCUGGACUCAGUUUUGAGUAACUGACUCAAGCUUUGAUGUGACUCCUGUAGGGAAACUAUUUAGUACAGCAUCAGACGAUCCUGUGCUACCAUACUUUGUACAAAACUGUAUUCUGUGUAUACAUCCAAUAUAUCCUAACUCCCACUAUGACUUGUGUGUUGAGACCUGUGUAAAAGGUAGAACGUGCUGCUUUAAAGAGGCAAAAGCUUGGCAGAUGCCAUCCAGUGAGGGUGACAACUUGUGAUCAUUACGUUUUAUGAACUACAAAGCUCUCAAGGCAGACUGCUUCAGUACAUUAUUAAAAAUGGCCUUUUAAUAUUUUUGUAAUGUCAUGUGAAAUUUUGUACAGCUCUGUAAGACGUAUCAAAGAUAAAAUGUCUUUUAAUAAAACGUAAAAGCUUAUUAAAAAAAAAC